UAAUGCAGACGUGCAUCGCAGAAGAUCGCAUUGUGUGUUAUCGUCGCACUGGCUGGCACCGCACGUGGUCCCGACAAGCCGAAACUAUUCGAUUUUCCUUGCCGACGAGUUAGGCCGACCGUUGGCAUCGCCGUGCACGAUUUUCGGCCGAUUUUUCGCGACGUUCCCGGGGCUGAUGGGCUGCGGGCGUUGAGAGUCGGCGAGUGGUGCGAGUGAAAAACGUGGAGCAGCAGAACAUGGCGCCGCACGAUCAUGCUUCGGCGUUUUCGGCCGAUUUGCAGCACUUCGCCCUGUGCAGCGGCGACGGCAAACUCAGAGUCUUCGAGACCAAAUCUAGCAAACUGGUGCAGGAGUUCGUGCCCGAGGGACACUUGAACUGCAGAAUCCACUCGUUGUGCUGGAUUUCCACCUCGUCCGCCUUCCCCGCCUCGCUACCGGCAAAAAAAGCAAAAAAGCGCAAGGUCGAGGCUGAGGAUGCAGCAGAAAAAAACGGAGUCCUGCUUGGCUUGGACAAAGGCGAUGUUCUUUUCUACGACGUCAGUAGAGCCGAGGUGUGCGGAAAAUUGCCCUCCUCUAUCAGCAGCCCUGUCACGGCAAUCGCUACGAAGGACAACAACGUGUUUGCCGGGACAACCAGUAGCCAAAUUAUUCACUGGCAGUUGGGCAAAAACACGGAAACAAAGUCUUGGAAGGCGAACCCAAAAGCGCCGUCACAAAUCACAGUUGUUUUGUGCCAUCCGACAGAAGAUUGGCUCAUUAGCGCGUCCAGGACCAUAACUGUGUGGGACAUUCAGUCCAGGGAAGUGCUCCAAGAAUUCCAGGGGCACCUCAGUCUUAUCCGACAGUUGCUCCUCACUCCAAGUGGCGAACACUUGGCCAGCAUUGCUGAGGGAGAACGAAACAUUAAUGUUUGGCCUGUUGGUAAAUCAAAGAAGAAGAAGAGAACACAAGAAUGCAUUGCAAUGCUAGUUUUGCAAGACUUUCCGGUGCAAAUGGACUUGGCUGUCUCUCCCAAAGACGGUUCGGUCCAUCUUUCAGCAGUCACUGCUGAAGGAUCACUUUGCAUUUUCUCGGAAACGCUCAAUGGGAAAUGUAUGACACCUUCCAAGCCUAGGAUGACUCUCCAAAUCGCAGACAGUGAUGCACCUGCCGAUUCAGCCGUCGUACUCCUUCCUAUUGUUGCUGCCAAGUUUCCUUACAAAUCUGCUUUGGAAAUUAUUUUAUCUUACGGAGACUCAUUUAAUCUACGAUUUGAGAGAACGAGCAACAUUUCUACCAAGAAAGAUAUCGUUUUCCUCAAUAGAAAGAAUCCAAGGAAGGUUGCUUCGGAGAAGAAAUCGGAUGCACGAGUUGUAGGAAAUUCCAGCGAGGCACAAUAUGUGACUGCGACGGGAAGCAAAAGACCCAUUUCCACCAAGCCCAUUCACCUACCCAUCGAGGACAGACUGAAAAAUUUGUCUGUAGAAAAAGUAGUGGAAAGUGAGGAAACAAGAAUUCCCAGUGGUCCAACCACGGAUAGUCUUUCCGCACUUUUACAACAGGGCUUAGCAAGUAACGACAAAGGACUUCAAAAAGAGAUUCUUCUCACAAAGGAUCCGUCUGUUAUUUCAAGUACUGUGGCAAAUUUGCCUAUCGAAUAUGUGCCCAUGUUAGUCCAACAACUGGCUGUGCUUGUGCACUGGAGCGGGUGGAAGGGUGAAACGGCCACAAAGUGGAUUACGGAAAUUUUGAUGCACCACAGCUCGUUGGUUCUUGGCAGUCCGCAGCUGGUGGCGCUCAUUCAGCCCAUCCUUGGGCUUGUGGAGGUCAGACUGGCAGGGCUGCAGAACCUGAUGAAACUUAAGGGCAGACUUUCCCUUCUGAUGGCACAAAUGGCGCUCAGGGGGAAAGUCAAGAAAAUGAGUCCCCAGCAGAGCCAUGUCACAAGUUACGACAUUGAAGAUGAUUCGGAAGAUUCAAGUGAGGAUGAUAAUUUGAGCAUAGCAGAAUCGGAUGAUUCCGACGCAAUGGAGGACGACGAUGAAGAAAGGUGUGAAGAAGUCGAUGAAGAUGCAAGCGAAGGGGAAGAAUUAGACGAGCCAACAACCAACGGCAGGACGAGGAGGAAAGGUGAUAGCAGCGAAGGUAGCAGCGAAGAAGAAGACAUGGAAUGCUGAGUCCUCGCUGUUGGUUUAGGAGAAAAAUAUUAAAAUUGCCUCAACUUGCAUUUGAUGUGCACGGCUUUUUUGUCGACACACAAAGCACUUUUAUAUGUGACCAUUGGGGGUUUAUUAUUUUGUGACAUAAAAUUGUAAAGAUUGAUCUGUUGAAUUAUUUUGAUUUUGACGGAUCUUUUUAUUAUGAUGAAUUGUAAUCUUGAACCAGCAUGGCUGCUGCAAAUAUAAAAAUUGAAAAAGUUUA